AUGCCGCGGCGGCAAUUCCAAGCCGACCUGCAAAAGGCAGCAGAAGGGCUGUCAAUUGCGGGCAUCUCCAAUGUGCGCCCUGGCGGUGAUGAUGGCGAAUUCACCUUCAUGUGUCUCGCAGACGGCCAGCAGCUAGAGAUCUCAGCGCUUGUUCCAGAAGUAUCCGAUUACCCUACUGGCCAUACAUGCAUGAUCUUCGGCGCCGAUAACCUUUCUGCUGGCGUCGCUACUGCCCUUGACACCAUCGCUGACGCUACCUACGCAAAGACCGUUUCCCAGAUUCUAGAGCUCGUCUCUACCCGACUGGAGUCCACCGACCGGGAUGGGGACCAGCAGAUGCUCGACUCUCAGGAGUUUGAAGACUUCGACGAUGAAGAGGAUGAAGAAGAGGAGUACUUUCCCGGUGACGACGACAUGAUGCCGAAGCCGCGACUUGCCACCGACGGUGGUGCUAUGUCGGGUGGAGGUUACACAGAAGCUACAUCUGCUUUCCGACAGCGUGUCCGACAUGACCUCUUGAUUGCCAAGAGCGAAGGGUUCAAGGUUGGACAUCUCGGAGGUUUGAUGGAUGGUCUUGGAUGCUAUGUUUCCCUGUCCAUCCGCAUUUCGAAACUCGGUAUCUCAGAAGAGGCUAUGCAAGCAUGGCAGGUCGAGCCAUCGGAAUAUCUUGUCGCGAUCUUUCAUUACCCGUCAGGCUACAAGAACAUGGACGAUCUGAGGUCCUACGAUGCCCACCAAGCUCGACGGAACUUCGGUAUCCGCAUCGGUGUCUGUACGACAUACAAGCCAACCAUGCAAGAAGCUAUAUCUGCCUUCACGAUCUUGAGCAAAGAGGACGAGAAGCGACGGGAAGCGUCACAACAAGGCGAUUCUCAAAACGUCUCUUCAGAUUUACCUAAGGGGUUCCGGAAUUCGUUCAUCUCAAGGCCUUUGAACGAGCUGUUGGAACAGCGCUUUCACAUGCUUCUAAAGUACCGCUACGGGGGUAUGCCAUGGCACGGCGCUGAAUCAUUCUACAACGAUCAAGUGCUUCAUGCGUCACACUCGGAUCACGAUGCCUCGCACGACAAGUACUACGACGACGAGCGUGCCGGCAAUACAUGGCCGAAGAUUGUGACCGAUGAUCACAUUACAUCUUCAAAUGGUCAAGAACACUCUCUUCCUCUUGUGGGAAUGCAGUUCGUGCUACGGCACUUUGUUCGAUGUACCGAAUUCUGUCUGAUCUGUUUCAGUAGAAUGCCCGACGACCUGCAAGCUAUCAAGCCCUAUGUCUGUGACAAUCCGCUGUGUUUGUACCAGUACAUGUCACUAGGCUUCGGUCCGAGUAUCGAGCAUGAGAUCGUCUCACAACCUAAAGUCGUUGACCUCCUAAUCAGCUUCUGCUACGCUAGUGCGCGCGCCAGUAGACUGAGGGACUUUCCAACCGGUCUCAGUUUGGCAGUUCCACCUCCGAUAACGAAUGAGAAGGAUUACAUACCUAUCAGUACCCGCUAUCAUUAUGCCACACAAGACCCCGCACAACAGCCUCCGCAAGCCGACAGUACACCUCCAGUAGCUGCAUUGAGUGUGCGAUACAACGCGGCCAAUCUCGAAAUGCUGUUUGAGAACGCGAGGGAAGCUUGUCCUAUAUCAAAAGGCCAAUGGCUCGUUAUGCGAACAGAUGAUGAGCCGACCAAAGCUCUGCAUUGCCGCGUGGUAGAUGCAUCUCUGUAUCCAUCAGUCAAGGUCUCAAAUCCAGUCAUCCCGUCCAUCGAGGGACCGACGGAUGCAUACGGCAUGGCACAGCCAACUCCAUCAAAACCGAAGGUGUCAGCCCCACGGCCAGUCCCAGAGAACGAGUUCAAGUCCGCAAGCUUCUACAUCUACAACACCAACUUCGACGACUUGGCCGACGUGGAGAAGCCGCGAGUCAUUGCAUCACUUCUCGAUCUCCUACCGCCUGUCCAAGAAAUGAGGAAGUACCUUUUGCGGAAAUCACAGUCUUCUCUGAGCGCUUGGGUUGACCGUCUUUCCCCUGCCGUCCUUGGAAUACUGCGUUGGGUCAUCGCUUCGAAUCGAGCUUGCAUCCUGCAGGUCGAUAACGAAGAGGAUGCUUCUAACGGCCGCAAAUCGGAGGAGCGUCUAUAUGGCAUGGCGGGCUGGGCGCAGUUUCGGUUCGCAAUGGGUGCUCCUGAUAAAGAGCGAAUGUUCAUCCAGGCAGUACGUGACACUACUAACCGCCUCAGCCUCAAAUUCCCAACUUUGUUCGCGUGGCAUGGCAGCCCUAUCCACAACUGGCACACCAUCAUCCGAGAGGGUCUUCAUUUUAAGGAGACCGCUCACGGACGCGCUUUCGGAAAUGGCGUUUACCACGCUCCUGAUGUCAAUACUAGCUUGGGCUAUUCUUCGAUGUCCUACGGCGCGGCUUGGUCAAUGAGCGAGCUGAAGGUUCAACAGACCUUGGCUCUAAACGAGAUUGUCAACGCUCCGCAGGAAUAUGUGAGCCAGACUCCGCAUCUGGUCGUCGCUCAGCUUGAUUGGAUCCAGACCCGCUACCUCUUUAUCAAGACACGCGCGGAUAACGUAACAGCCAUAGAUCCGGGUAGCAAGCCACUUCUUUGCGUUGAUCAGGAUCCGAUCCGCACGCCUCGUGGUGUGACAGGCGACCUCGUUAUUCCGAUCCACGCUAUUGCUGCUUCUCGGCGUCCCAAGGCGAAGUCUACUGGAGUGAGUUGUGCCCCACAUGCUACUGCGCACUUGCUGACAGACACACAGGGUCACAAGCGGCAGAAGGCUUCUGGGAAGACACAGUACGAUCCCAUCGAGAUUGACGACGAUGACGACGCCGCCAGUGUCGCAACCCUUGAAGAAGAUCGCAUCAUCUUUGACGGUGAAGAUGAGCACAAGUCUUUCCAAGAGACUGACCCUCUUCCCACGCCAAACUCAAUCAGCGACAAGGGUAAGUCAAAGGUGGCGGCCUCGAUUGCGUCGUUUUCGUCCAAGAUCUUUGGCAAGUCAUCAUCCAGUGAACCUCUGACCGACUACGAGCCUGGAAAGCUUGACUACGAUAAGCUUCCUAAACUCCAGGAGCCUGCAUGGGCGACAACCGCGGCUACCAGGCGUCUGAUGAGGGAUUUCAACGACCUCGUCAAGAUCCAGAACAAGGAACCGAUGCAUGAACUAGGUUGGCACAUUGAUGAGGAGAAGACCGAGAACAUCUACCAGUGGAUCGUAGAAUUGCACUCAUUCGACUCCACUCUGCCACUUGCAAAAGACAUGAAGUCAAAGAAAGUCAAGAGCGUCGUACUAGAGCUACGCUUUGGCAGGGACUAUCCCAUGAGCCCACCAUUCGUCCGCGUCAUCCGACCUCGCUUCCUACCCUUCACCAUGGGUGGAGGAGGUCACGUCACCGGUGGUGGUGCUAUGUGCAUGGAGCUUCUCACCAACGAUGGCUGGAGCGCUGUUUCUUCCAUCGAAUCUAUUCUUCUCCAAGUACGCAUGGCCAUCUCCAGUCUAGAUCCCAAACCUGCUCGUCUACAACAGGGCCCACCUGGAGACUACGGUGUCAUGGAGGCGGUCGACGCGUAUAUACGUGCGUGCCAGGUACAUGGAUGGACUGUUCCCGCUGGCUUCAAGGAGACGGCUUAUGGUGGUGCGGAGAACGCGUCUGCCAUGUACUAG